GUCGAAAGGAAUACAGGCGGAAGAUUGACGCCUUGCGGUCCAGGUUCAGGGUCGUUGCCUGGCGCGACAAUGCAUGGGGCCGUGCUGGUUUUCAGGAGUACUUCAGCGUUCUCGUGCAGCAUGAGGCUGCGUGCUUGCGAUGUUUUCAAGAGUUAGAUGCUGACUUCAAGGAUUCCAACUCAGUGCCUAAGAGAAAUGAGAGAUACGAAGACUGGAAAGCCAUGUUGCCGGACUCGGAUGACAUGGAAUCUGAUUCGGAUGAGGACAGACACAAGUACAGGAAUCUGACCAAACGGAGCGCGUGGAGCAACAGAAGCGAGAGAGGUCUGCAUACAUUGUGGGGAUAG